CUGGCCACGCCCACACGCUGCUGCGUCACCACCUGCUGCUGUCAAUCAAACUCGAGUUCAGCCGGAGCUGCUGCUGCUGUCAAAAACACGAGCCGUUUACAAUCAAUAAAUCAUAAACCGGUACAUGUGCGCGACACAGACGCUCAGGAUUCACAGUCUGACUUAUUUUUAAAACUUCUACUCGUGUUUUAAAGGUUUAACUAAACUAGUUGAAGUUAGGGUGUAAGUGUAGCGAGUUAGCAGUGAAUAAACAACAUCAAGCCGCCUGAAGUCUUGAAGAGUUUUAAUGAGUUCAGCAGAUCAGCAGCGGGGAAUGCUGAUGCUGCAGCAGCCCGACACUCAACAUGCGCUGCAAAACCCAUAAUUUCGGCUGAUUUCCAGUCCUGCUGACUGAGCUUCGGUCUGAGUUCAGAUGAUGAUGAUGAUGAUGAAGGUCCUGGCCUGGGUUUUGCAUCUGCUGCCCGUCUGGAUGAUGUCUUCUUCUGCUGCUGCUGCUGCUGAUUUCUCUGUGAGGUUCGGAAACGCUCUUCCUUCACUCAGUCGUCCUGCAAACUCCAGCCAGAUCUUCUACGGCAUCAUGUUCGACGCGGGCAGCACCGGCACUCGCAUCCACGUCUACACCUUCAUCCGGAAAGACCCAGACGGAUUGCCCGUGUUGGAUAAUGAGAUGUUCCAGUCGAUGAAGCCGGGUCUGUCUGCGUAUGCCGACGUUCCUGAGAUCGCCGGUCACACGGUGCGGCAGCUACUGCGGGUGGCGAAGAAGACGGUUCCUCCGGUGGAGUGGAAGAGAACGCCCGUGGUGUUCAGAGCGACGGCCGGACUGAGGCUGCUGCCGCCCGCUAAAGCUCACGCGCUCCUGGAGGAGGUGCAAGACGUCUUCGACGAAUCUCCGUUUUAUGUGCCCGCUGACAGUGUCAGUAUCAUGAACGGGACGAGUGAAGGGAUUCUGGCCUGGAUCACAGUCAACUUCUUGACAGGCCGCCUGGACCGCAGCUCACAGAAGACGGUGGGAAUCCUCGACCUGGGCGGCGGAUCCACGCAAAUCACCUUCCUCCCGAAGUCAAAGAAAACCGUUGAAAGCGCUCCUGCUGAUUACAUCGCCAGAUUCCACAUGUUCAACUCCACGUAUGAGCUCUACACGCACAGUUACCUCGGGAACGGAAUCAAAGCUGCGCGGCUGGCGGCGCUCGGAGCGCUGGGAUCAGACGGUCUGGAAAGGAAAGUUUUCCGAAGCUCCUGUCUGCCCAAAAAACACACCGGCGACUUCAGCUUCGGAGGCGUAACUUACCAUGUCAGCGGAGUCACCGACGGUGUGACGGGGUUCAGGACGUGUUACCAGGAGAUGCUGAAGGUCGUGAAGGGCGUCAUUAAACAGCCUCACGAGCUGAAGGACAGCGCCACCUUCUACGCCUUCUCUUAUUACUUCGAUCACGCCGUGGAAGCCGGACUCAUCGAUGAAAGCAGAGGAGGAGCCGUGAAGAUCCGAGACUUCAGGAAAAGAGCAAAACAGGUGUGUAACCGACCGUCUGAGCGCAGUCAGGUCAAUCAUUUCCUCUGCAUGGAUCUCACGUACAUCGUUUGUCUGCUGAAAGACGGCUUUGGUUUUAAAGAAAGCACUGUUCUGCAGCUAACCAAGAAGGUGAGGAACGUGGAAACCAGCUGGGCUCUGGGCGCCGCGAUCAACCACUUCCAGAAGUUCAGGAUUCAUUAAACCGGUUUAACCACAGUGUCGUCUGCUCCUCAUCUCAUUGAAGCUGUUUUAAUCGAUUAUCAGGGUGAAUCUCACGGAAACAUCUCACCUCGAGUCGAAAGAAAGAAAAGCGUAAUGAUCCUAAAAUAGGACCGUUUUUAAUUAAGCAACAGAUUGAGAAAUGAACCCGUGUGAUCAUGUGGUGCUGUUUCACUUCCUCAGGAGUUCAUGUUAAUCGUAACGAAGGUUAAUGUGUGAUUGACAUCAGAAAACAUGUUCUUUUUGCAGUACAGAUGCAUCGACGGCUCCAGCGCUGCAGCUUCUGUACAUUUAUUGUUUACAUUACAAAGAUAAUGUUUGCAUCAGUCUGAGCAUUUCUUUUUGUUCUCCAAUUAAAAACUUUCACAUGUUCUUAUGAA